AUGGCAAAUAGUUUAUUUUGUAUAUUAAAUUCUUCUCUAACUAACAUUAUAAUUAGUUCCAGUUUUCCCAGUGCCUAUGUUGUUCAGAGGAGGCUAAUUUCUGACUCAUGGGAGUUAACCGACAAGGAAAGGCCCAAAGUCAGUGAAUUAGACGUACAUAAGCGUAUUCUUACUGGCGCUGAUAGGUGUAAGCUAAGGAGGCAGGACUUUCAUCAGUUUAUGAAGGGUAAAAGGCCUAUCUUCUCAACCCACUUAAAGGUAAAUCUACAAGGACUAUUCAUUCUAAGCUGGUGUAUUUUAGCAAGUUUUAUGACGUGGAAAAUCAUGGCGCCAGAGGAUUACUCAUGGGUGGAAUCGGAAAGAAGGAGGAUCAAGGAGGCCAGGGAUAAAUUAGACAAGAUCAUAAAACUAGAACGUAGCCACUAG